UCGCCAAGACGUUCCUGUUUCAGGUUGCAUGAGGACUCGUCAAUGCGACUCACAAGUGUAUAAGCUGCUACCAUUCACAGGAUGUUCCCUGAAUUGCAUGUUGAGACAUCUAAGUCGGGAUCGGCUGCCAACGGUUGCUCGAUCUCAGGGACAGACGCAACUCCUACGAACAAGACGGCAACGAGAAUAGCCGCUUCGUCGCGCGGUGGAUCCUCGCCUUCAGAGCGGGGCAACAAAGGUUCAUCAAGCGGCCUGCAACCUCUCUUUGCUUCGCCAACCUCCCCGCUAGCAAGCAACUCCUACCCCUCCCCUCGUCCACAAUCCUCCACAUCCCGCUCUGGAUCUGCCCAUCCCAAGUCUAGACCGUUGGUGGUCACUUACAGCGCUCUGCGCAAUUUUGAUCGCGCCCAGUCUGGCGAAAUUGGACGCGAGAGCGCUCCUUCUCCUCUCCCAUCUGGCCAUCGUAUCGUCAUGGAUGGAGGCUCUCUUCCGAGCCAGGCUAACGUUGCCAAUAGGAGCGGCCCGAAAAUGAGGUACAAUGUCGUUGCACGCAUCGUCGCGGCCAUGGCCAUGGUGGUGGGAGCCGUUUGCAAUGUCGUUCUUUUCGGUCCACAUCUGCGACCACUCGUCAUCGCAGCUGUGCUCCUUGCGGUGAGCUGUUGUACCUUUGUGAUGGAGGUGUUGCCGCGUCGAACUUCCAAGCGAAUCAUCCAGGCACAUUGCUCUACACUCAAUUCGCCCAUUGGCACCGCAAUUGUCUAUGCCGCCUUGACGCUACUUAUGUGCGACAUUCCGCAGCCCAGGCAGCAGGGCGCAGGCCCCGGUGGCCCUCCAGAGUAUGUUCCUUAUGUUUUGUACUCGGCCACAGCGAUCGUCGGUCUCGUCUCUGUGUCUUUUGGGCUGAGUGGGGCAUGGAAGGCAUGCAAACCUCAACCGCGUCUGUGUCGAGGGAUUGGGUCACACCAACAAUGCCUUCCAUCGACGUUGGAGCAGUGCGACGAUUACGACGACGAUCCUUCGCUCGUGCACGACCCCCAUUAUCGACCCGACUUUCUACCGGCUUCUGCUCCCUCCUUUGUCUCGAGACACGGACCGUCCGCCUCUUUUGCUCGUUCCAAAACCUCGGCAAGACCGACGGGUCGGUCGCUGGGAGCGUAUGACUCGGAGAAGACGUCGGCUGCAGUGAAAAGCGCCUCGGUGGUCGAGCUGACGCGUGCUCAUCGUGGACCGAGCCGACCGCAGACUGCCGAAAGUGGCCGCACGCUCUCAGAUUGCUCAAGACACAUGGAUCCACGCUGGGAUGUCGUCGAUGCGGGCGCAUCAAAGCAGUGUGCAGACCAACGAAAUCACCUAGGAUCCAACGAUUUGAAGUCCGCUCCGGCUGAUAUUCGCAGCUAUGAAGCUUACCCCGACGGUGCAAAACGGCACACGCUUGCUCGUCCCCGCACCGCACCCUCCAAACCGCAGAGCGAAAUCAUGAGCGGUAUGGAUGCUGGGCAUCAAGUCCUCAAGAGGCGCAGUCAGGAAAUCAUGGCCAGGACUUCCGUGAGCGAUGGCGGCGAUGGCAGGUCUCUGCGUUCCGUGACCACGACGCAUUCUGCCCACUUUCGAGCGUUGAGCGUAGACAAGGCGCAGCAGGAUCAUGGCGCUAGCCACGCAGGCACGGAAGAGAAUCAAGAGGUCAUGCGCAACAGCAUCUGUUCGCGACCUGAAGUGGACGCUCGAGAUUCAAGAAGCUCCUUUUCUGGCAUUGUGCAUUCCAGAAACUCGAGCUUCUCGUCGGCCAAGGAAAGUCUUGGUGACAGUCUGCCAAGACUUGCGCAAAACAAUGAAUCGAAAUCGACGUUGGCUUCCAUAUUCAAGAGGACGAAGCGCGGUUGCGCCGAAUCUUGCCAACCACAAGCAGAGACGGAAUCAGUCGUCGAGCAGCUCGAAGAGCAAAUGCCGUCUAAGACCUCGCCAAAUAAUGGCGCUUCAUCCACCCAUACUCACCCUGCCGUCUUGGACUACUUCAAGAGAUCUUCAGCGGAGGCGCGACGGAGUCUUCAUCAAGCAACACAGGAGACGUCUCUUGAUCAUAAUCUCGAGAAGAGGUCGCAAAGUAGUGUUCGACGAACGGGAAGCCGGCGUAGGGUCGUCGACGUGCCAGGAAUCGGCACCAUUGAGCUGUCCUCCGACUCCGAAUCCGAGCUAUCUUCGUACUCUGCCGACAAGGACGAUACACUCUUGGCCGUCUCGCGCCGACUGCACAGCGCAGCUCAAGAUGCCGAAGGCAAUUCCAUCGAAGAGAUCGAGAACGACGCUUCGACGCUACCUGAUUUAGAUGAAAGCACAGAGUGUUCCAUCAGCGAUACAACCAAAAGUCCCACUGGCGCCGAGGUUUCGCAGCAGGGCAAAGGAGGGCAGCCGGCAGAAGGAGAUGAUCAUGCGAGCAACGAGUCUACUCAAGGCCACAAGGCAACACCGUUCAAGCUGUCCAUACCCGUUGCAGGGACUGCGGAGGCCGAGGUGCUCAUGAGCACCAUUUCGCAAGAGAUCCAAACAGGUGAAACGUUUGUUCCUUCUCAAUCGUCCAUUGCAUCGAUGAGCGUCUCGGGAGAAAUCCUGCAACGCCAACGAUCCAUCUCGAGCGCAAAAUACAAAUGGCAGUCCAAGACGACUGGCCUUGAUGAUGAAUCUGCCGCUGCCGUGGCCGCAAUGAAGAGGCGCAAAGAACUCAAAAUUCAAAGAGGCGUAGUCAGAGCUCUGAGCGGCAGACAAAAAGAGCUCGCUCACACCGACGAUGAGGAUGCGCCGUGAUCUUUCUUCGUGCUGCCUCGGCGCUCCUACACUCUUGUUCCAACUGCAAAACGAA